GUUAUAUCAUUGUAUAUGUUGUCGACAAAAUAGAAUGUAAUACACCAACAUUUGGCCACACAUUUUGUUAUUCAUUACACGAACUAAGUAAAUAUUUUACUUUUUAAACAUUCGAUGCCAUGUUUAAUGAAAUAAGGGAAAAGGUGUUCAAAUGUGCCUGUCUACUUACAUCAAUUUUGAGGACGAUUCUGACAUUCCCUUAUAACUGGAUGCUAAGUUUUACCGAGAGGCUAUAUAAAAGGAAUCAAAACAAUCUACAAUUGAAGGAAGCACGGACACUUGGAUCUUUAGAAAGAUAUUUUUAUUUUUGGAUUCUACAAUGUGAUGAUACGUUUCCGUAUAAACUUACUCUCUCAAGCAGACUCCCGUUUACCAUCAAACAAAUAUCGGAUGCAAUUUCUGCUUUGGUUAUUCAACAUCCUGUGUUACGAAAAUCCUUUCUGAAUAACGGACGAACUGUGAAAUUGAUUGAAAUUCCAAAUAUAGUCGAUAACCUUGAGAUAUUGUCGAAAACCCAUUUUGACUCCUUGUUCAAUAAUUUUUCUUUAAACGGCAAAUCAUGGCGACUUGUUAUGUUGGAACACGAUGUGGAAUCAACACAUACUAUAACCAUUUUGAUCGGUGUUAAUCAUGCCCUGUCAGAUUAUAUGUAUAACCGUCAAAUAAUAAGAUCAUUUGUUCACAAUUUAGAUAAGCUGCAACAAGGUAUGACUCCCUCAACAGACAUUAUCUUUAAGCACAGUAAACCGAUCGAGGAAAUGACACGUGAUACACCUAUAAGAGAGGUUGAAAGUUACUAUGUUGGUCCAACAUAUCCAAAUAAAAAAGUUCUCACAGCUACAGAGUUAUUAUCACAUGCAGUCAAUAAAUUCGGUCAUACAAAAUCUACGUUGAGUUCUAGUAAGACAUUAAAAUUGAAGUUAGACAAGAAAACAUCACAGAAAUUCGUUGAUUCAAGAAUGAAAUGUAAAGGAUCAAUAACUGCGUUACUUUUAACUGUGUGCAUCUCAUCCUUCAUGAAGUUAACACAGACAUGUUUGAAAUAUAACGAAGUAGUUCAUCUACCUUUCGAGUUUAUGGUUAAUCUACGUAGGUAUAUAAAAAGCAAAGAAGAGUUCCGAGGGAACGCAUCCAUAAAUGUACAAUGCUAUUUACAAACGACUUCAUCGUUUACCUCUAACAAACAAUUCUGGAAUACAGCAAAUAAUGUUUCGAUGAAAAUAAGGGAGAUAGUAGAAAGCGGAAAUCUUCUCGUUGCAGCAAAAGAUUGGAUAGAUUAUCCUGUGUCAGCUAUAGAUUUGACACAUGUUGGUUCCACAGAUAAUUUUAUAGAAGAGAAAACUAACAUUUGCAUUGACGACAUAGAGACAAACACAAAUGUCAAUCAAGAAGGGUCACCAAUCUUCAAAGUCAACACCAAUUCAGUUCGAGGCGAGUUGCAAUUUUUAAUUUCGUACAGUUCCUCGUUAAUGCCUGAUAUGUUUGCACAAAAGUUUGCUGCUGGUUUAUCUGAAAGUAUACAAAAUUUAGAAAACGAGCAGCCCAACUGAUCAAUGUUUGUGUAAUAUAAAACUACAAUCAAAUACUAAUCUUGUGAAAUACGAAAUUCAGUCAUAUUGGUUAUGCGAGAUUUUUUCAAAAAGAAACACAGAUCAAUUCAACAUGAUACUAAUUCAAAUUUGUUUGAAAAUUGCCAAACAAUUUAACCCCGACAAUUGCUGUUUUGUAAAUAAAUAAGGCCGUUAGUUUCCUCGUUUGAAUUGUUUAUCAAGUUGUCUCGUGGUACAUUUACCAAGAGGCUUUACAGGAUAAUUUGAUGAACUAAUAAUUAUACGAAAU